UAAGACUUUCCAUUGACUCGAAUGCAAGCACUCAGUGUUGACACCAAAAUACAUACAAUUCAAGUAAUCUUAAUUUGCAAAAAGUUAUGUCAAAUUCAAUUGAAGAGGAAGUGAACGAAAAUCUGUUAACUUGUGAGCAGAAAAAUUCUAAGAAGUGUGUGCCUAUACGACAAGAGCCGUCAUCCUCUCUAUUGCAAUGGCCAGAGGUGUCGGACGAGAAGAGCGUUCACAUAGAGUUGGAAGCAGUGAAUCAAAAGCAGGACUCGACGGCCAGUGAUAUGUUGUUUGCAAACGAGUCGUUAAUGACAGAUAGAUUGAGAUCACGAAUGAACUCAACGCCAGAAUCUAGUGAUAAGAGAAUCGCAGCUCAAGUCAAGAAUGUUGUCUUUUCGUACGGAAGGGGCAAAAAGGCUGUCAAUGCUCUCAAUGGCAUCACAAUCAAUGUUCCCGAAGGAAAUAUUUAUAGCAUUUUAGGUCCGAGUGGUUGUGGCAAAACUACUCUUGUUCACUGUCUGGUUGGAAGUCUCAAACCAAGAAAAGGCACAGUUAUAGUGUUUGGUGAACAGCCGGGUUCUUAUAAUUCAUUAGUUCCCGGCCCGGGAGUGGGUUAUAUGCCUCAAGAGAUCGGUCUUUUCCAAGAGUUUACUAUAGAAGAGACGCUCACAUUCUUUGGCAGAUUAUAUCGGUUACCAAAAGCACAGAUUAAACAUAGCAUUAGAUUUCUACUCCAAUUCCUUGAUCUUCCGGACAAAACUAGUUCUGUU